CUUGUUUAUUUCCGUUGCAGAAAGGAAGUAGUUCGCUGGGUCUUGUGGAGGUGACCCAAUGGCAGAAUUAUUCUGUCAAUCUUGAAUUAGCUUUCUCCCAGAGUCGUAGGAAACACCGAUUAUUUUAUUUUCAUAGUUGAAAAAACACCGUUAGCACCAUGGGAGCUCACCUCGCGCGGCGGUAUAUCACCGAGAGGGAGACCGAGCCUGACCCUUCCAAACCGUUUGGCUUCGACCCCGAAUUCGGCUUCGAGGAGAGGAAAGAGAGAGGUCUGUUUUGGUCCGAACGUGUCACAGUACAGGCGUAGCUUGCAAAGUGUCUGCUGGUUGACUCUUGUCAUGUGUGUACUUUGUUCUUAACUGACUUGCCUAUUUAAAUAAAUGUUAAAUAAAAAAUAUAUAAAUACAAAUUGCAACUAGUAGUGGCUAGCUAACGUUAGCUACGCAAUUUAGCUAACAUGGACAUGUUCCCUAUUAAAUAUAGUAUUUCCCCCUUUCCAUUCGUGUAGAGUAUGUUUUUAUUUUAAUUAAUAAAACUCUCAGUUCAGACAGCAAUAUGGUUUUGAAACAGCUAUUCCCCGUCCUGUCAAGUUCAGAAUCAUAAACCCCGGGUGCGUCUCAAGAAUCCAUAGUCUUCCUCUCCUCGUCUCCUUUCCCAGCAGCUUCCUAGAAGACAUCCACCACACCAUAUUGCUUUGCUUUCACCUUUUCUGUGUAACUUCUCAGUUAAACUCAGAAGAGGUAGUGGAUACACAGAGAGGAGGUGAUUUAGGAGUAGAGGUGUAGCUACUGUGGACUAUAUUCACAAAGCCGCCAUAUUUACAAAGUAGGAUUGCUGAUCUAGGAUCUGUUUUCUCUUAUAAGAUCACAAUGAAUAAGAUGAUGGACAGGAAGGUCCUGAUCCUAGAUCCUAGUUCUAAAACCUCCCCAUUGACCACUGCUGUUAUGUUAUAUUGAAUGAAUAAAUACAACUUUAUUGUCCCAUAGGGAAGUUGCUUGCCAACAGUACAAGCAUUCCUCACAUAAAUAUAACGCAUUCUGGAACAUACAAGGCUUCACUUAUACACAUCUCAGGACAUAGCCUACUCCUUUCUUUGUUGACAAUUUUCAUUUUGUGUGUAGAGAUGAUGUCCUCUCCCAUUAACCCCUGGUGUAACAUGUUAUCUUGUCCCCCUGGUAGAGAUGGUGGCCUCCCAGGCCCAGAUGAACCUGGCCCAGGUCCCUGUACUCCAGAGGGACUACUGCGCCCACCACCUCAUCAAGCUCAUGAAGUGUAAGAGGGACAACUGGCCCAACUUCCUGGCCUGUAAACACGAGAGACACGACUGGGACUACUGCGAGCACCAGGAGUAAGUGUCUACCUGGUUAUAGGAGUAGGUAGAGGUUUAGCAGCACCAGGAGUAAGUGUCUACCUGGUUAUAGGAGUAGGUAGAGGUUUAGCAGCACCAGGAGUAAGUGUCUACCUGGUUAUAGGAGUAGGUAGAGGUUUAGCAGCACCAGGAGUAAGUGUCUACCUGGUUAUAGGAGUAGGUAGCGGUUUAGCAUCACCAGGAGUAAGUGUCUACCUGGUUAUAGGAGUAGGUAGCGGUUUAGCAGCACAAGGAGUUUGUUUCUGGCUUUCCUGGCCACACUUUAUGGUUGCAGUGAUUUCAAAUCCCACUGGCACUGGGGUCAUGUCCAAUGUUCCCUGUAAUUUUUUGGGGCACUGAGCAAAGUUCAAGACUUGUGAGCGGAAAGUUGACAGUCCUGUGCAACUUUCCGGUGUGCGUUUACAGUGAACACUGAGGCUGUACCUUUUACAGUUUUCCACAGCAGCCAAUCGGCUAUCAGAGUGGCCUAUCAAUAGAGCAAAUCCCAAAACAUUUUCACAUGGGAAUAGCUUUUGAUUUCUAUGAUAUAUCCUACAGUAACCUAUAGGUGGUGUUCUGAGCAGGCCUACAUUCCAUGAGACUGGCUCUGCCUACAACAAAAUCACAGACUCAAAUCUUGCAAAGUUAAGAUUUGUUUGGUUGCAUUGAAAAGGGGCUGAUAUGUUGAUUCGAUCACGUUAGAGGAAAAACGUUGAUCUAUAUAGUGCAAACUAAUGGGGGUGAACUCAGUGAAGUCCAAUGUCUUGAGUCUGAGCACCGGCUGGCAGUACUUCUGCUCUGCUGUCCUGGAGGAGGUGAGCGGCUGCACAUGCACGCAGCUUAGAGAAUUAACCAUCCUCUAGAAGUGCAAAAUGGCAUGUAUUGUUAUCAAAGAGAGAGUUGAUGCAUGUGUCUGGGAUGAUCACACGUGUAUAGAGUUGUCAGACUUGGUGCAGUAGUAUUGCCAUCUGAGGUAAUCCCCCAUCAAAUCCACUUGAACACCCCUCUCCUGUGUCUCUGUCUGUGUGUGUGUAGCUACGUGAUGCGAAUGAAGGAGUACGAGCGGGAGCGACGGCUGCAGAUGAGGAAGAAGAGGGUGGAGGAAGCCCAGGCUGCUUGAGCAUCAUCAUCAUAAUGACCCCUGACCCUUCUGUGUACAUACCUGCUGCUCUCCACAAUAAAGACCACCUUUUGAGCUCUACUACUCUAGCGCUGAGCCAUCUCUGUUUCUUUGUUUGUUUCCUGGUACGUUACUAGCCUGGGGUGUAUUCACUAGGAAGCACACAGAAGCCAACGGAACCAAACGGGGAGGGACCUACCCGAAUCUGUCCAAUAGAAACUCUUGUUUGUUUUCUUUUUGCAA